AUGAUUCUACUUAUUCUUCCUCUCCUGUCAGUGAUCCCCAAAUGCUUCCUGAUGAAGGCAGAGAUGUUCCGUGCUAGGCAUGGCCUGUCCACUCGUACCGGAGGAAAGCCAGUCGAUACUGCCUUUGUGGACAACGAUGGCAUCUACGACCCAGACUGUGAUGCCACUGGUGCCUUCCGGGCCAAGCAGUGCAAUAACACUGAGGUGUGUUGGUGUGUCAACAGUGCUGGCGUGCGCAGGACCGACAAGGGAGACAAGAGCCUUCGGUGUGAGAAGCUGGUGGAGACCUAGUAAGUUCCUAUCAUGCAUUUUAGAAUAAAGGGCUACCAUCAUUCAUGCAGGAUGUGUUUUCGGCUUUGAUUUACAGACUAGGUACACGUGUUGUGUGAACCAUAAGUUCUAGAUGAUUAAGUUGCGAUGUGAAGGUCUGAGGGUAGAGAUGCCAAAGAUUGCUAGGAUUAAUCUAAAUUCUGAUGACUAGGCCAUUGUACCAGGUAUUUAAAUCUAAUCUACCCCCUGUCCCUCCCUCUCCUCCAGUUGGGUUCGCCUGGAGCUCAAGCACAAGGCUGUGAACAACGCCGUGGAUGCUGCUAAGUUGCAGGAGUAAGUAGUUGUCUCUUUUUAUAGAAUGAAUCUUGUCAAUUGAAUAUUAUAAUACUCGUCAAAUGUUGACACGUGCAUGAAAUAACUAACUGAACUUUUGUCCUAAUGCAGUGCCGUCGCAACUGCCAUCCAGAACCGUUACAGCUUUGACAAGACCCUUGUGAAGGAGGUCCAGUACGACCCUAAGGCUCGCCUGAUCGUCGUCGAUGUUCAGAAGGAGAAGGGAGACCGCAAGGCCGACCUGUCUCGUAUGGCUUACUACAUGGAGAAAGACGUAAGCCAUGACCUCUCUCCUUGCUUUGCAAUUUCACUAAAGUAACAAAGAUCAAGGUCUCUCUUGGGAAAGAUGCCUUCUGACCUCAAUGGGACUUCCCAGUUAAAAUAAAAAUGGUCACUAUUCCCAGGUCAAGGUGCUGCCCCUGUUCAAGGACCAGGCUAAGUUUGAGCCCAGUGUGGACGGUCAGAAGCUGGAGAUGGAGAACAUCUUGGUGUACUAUGUAGACGAGGAGGCCCCCACCUUCACCAUGAAGAGGCUGACCGGGGGAGUCAUCGCCGUCAUUGUGGUGGUCAUGCUGGCCGUGGCCGCCGGACUGCUGGUCCUUUUCCUUAAGAGGAGGCGAGAGCAGAGGUAUAGCAAGGCAGAGGUGAGUGCUCCAAUAUAUUUAACUGAAUACCAUAUUAAGGAAGUGUUUGCAACGUGUUGAUAAGUGGUCAUGGUUUUAUUAAUGCAACCCUGUGUAAACUGUAGUAAUGACAAUCAUCAUAACCAUACUAGCGUGUUGAAAAAGCACUUGCCCUCUGUUGCCUAAUGUUUUGUUGCUUCUCUUUCAGCCCAGAGAGCUGGAGGCCAUGUAG